GGUUCGGGGGCGGGGUGAGGAGCUAGUGUGGUGUAAGAGGUAACCUGGCGAGUGGCAGCAGCGCUCCUCGGGUCCUGUGGCUCACGCUUUGGUACUAGAGGCCGGACUGUUCUGGCGACCGCGACCUCUGCGGCAACGGCUGAAGUUCUCGGAGGAGUAUCGGAGUACGGUCUGGAGGAGAGGCUUCUGGUCUGCCCAGGCAGCUGGAAGGUGAACGCGAGAGAGGAAGAAUACACUGUACAGGGAACUUUGCAAGGCUCUGUCAUAAUGAAUGGAUCCAGUGUGGCCAAUACAUCACCCAGUAUAAAAUCCAAAGAGGACCAGGGCUUAAGUGGGCACGAUGAGAAGGAAAACCCAUUUGCAGAGUACAUGUGGAUGGAGAAUGAAGAGGACUUCAACAGACAGGUGGAGGAGGAGCUGCAGGAGCAAGAAUUCUUGGACCACUGCUUCCAGGAGAUGCUGGAUGAGGAAGACCAAGACUGGUUUAUUCCAUCUCGAGACCUGCCUCAGGCCAUGGGACAGUUGCAACAGCAGUUCAACGGACUGUCGGUCAGUGAUGGUCAUGAUUCUGAAGAUAUUUUGAGCAAAAGUAACCUGAACCCGGAUGCCAAGGAAUUUAUUCCAGGAGUGAAGUACUGAGCUGACAGAAAGCUUUGAGGAGGACUUGUAUGUCCCCACAUCUGGGGACAGGGCUGCACAACAAGGCGGAGCCGAAGAGGGGGGUGGGUGGGUGAGGGGUGCACAGGGGGGAAGGGGAACAGUGGUUUAACUUGACACUGUGACUGGCAUAGCUUAUGUGCUCAGUUUUUCUCUACAGCCUCUGAGUAUUUCCUUUUGUUCUACUGACUUUUCAUUGGUUCUACUGACUUUCAUUUCAACUAUUAUUAUUGUUGUUGUUGUUGUUAGCUUUUUGACUUAGGAAGAUUGCAGUCUUUUUUCCCCCUUCAUCAGGAAUGUUCUGCUGUGUGUGUUUAAAGAAAAUAAGCUGACCAAGAAAAUCCGGGUGUUUAAGAAUGCCCUUCUCACCCUGCUGUAUACUUACCAAGGGCAGAGAACACCUGGAAAACUACUUAUUCAGUCUCUUAAGCUGGAAGAGAAGAGGGAUGAGUAGAAGAAGCAGGGAUUGCAAAGCAGAGCACCCAACGCCCCAACCCCUGGGGCUUUCCCACGAUGAACUGGGAUUACCAGUGUCCUGCAGAGCCCACGUCCCUACCUGAGCCCCAUUCAAGAAAACACAGGCUUAAAGUACUAAUCCCCAUUACUUUCGAUGGUAGAUGAACUUCAGAUGGUCGAUAAGAGUUGUAACUCAAGGAGAGGACUGGGGUGGUGAUUGUCCCUCGAGUCCUUCAGUUCAUCCAGUUACCGCUGGCCUGCUCUUAAACCUGUGGGUACAGCUACCAUCGGACUCGUCGUUUACCAGGCAAAAGAGCACCAGGGUGGAUUUGCCACUUAGUCCCUCAUGGUGUCUAGUCCCUUGUUUCUUUUCUACCCCAACUCUACUGUUUUUUUAAAAAAGAUAUCGUUAGCAAAAGUGUACAAGAGGCAUGCUGUGCUGGCCAUCAGCUUCAUUCUGGAGAAGUCAUCCUGAAUCCUUUUAGUUAUGGCUUAAGUUUAUUUUGACAGUUUUUCAUUAGCCCCAUGAAAACUUGGUCCACCUGGUAUCUUCUUUUCCUUAAACUGGUUUGUGCACUUUUACAAGUCAUUGUAUUUUUCAGGACGGUAGCAUGAAGCUGAACUCACAAUUUGGAUGUUUCUCCCCACUUUACAGAAUUAGGCAAAAGAACUCCAAAAAAGCCUAGGCGAGUGAGUUCUGCUUUUGACCCUGUGACUGUGUGACCCACUGGGACAGUUUUGGCAGUUAUAAAAUUUUGCUGUUCCCACACACCCAUUUUUCUAGGUUGGACCUUCUGGGUACAUUCCUUUUGUCUUUACUGCCUACAGGUCACAGGAAGUUUUUUAGCUGUUGUCGAUCCUCAUAAGGACCUAAACCGGGCGCCAGCAGCUGCCUUUGAGUGAUAGAGAUGUCGGUGGCAGAGUCAGGUUUAAAAGAGAGUGUGUCCAGUCCUGGCCAUCCCCACAGAACAGGCAAGGACUUGCAGGGACCUGAGGGGGACAGUGGCUCCUGUAUGACUGCCACUGUCCUGUGGGAUAGGCCUAUAUCAGGAGGAGAUCAUGUAACUUGAAAUAAAGUCUGUGUAAAUUCAGUAUGUGGAUGUGGGACAGAGGUUGAAAGAAAAGAAUGAGGAUUUGGAAGGUUUAAGAGUUUCUCCUUUUUUCUCAUGAGCUCCCUUGUUGACGUUUUGGACAGCCACAGGUUAAUGUCAGGUUGAAAAUACAAAUCCACAUCUUUUCCUCAUUGGAGUCCUUAGGAUGACAUCAUUUUUAAAAAAUGCCCUUCCUUGCUGGGUCACGUGUCAUAGGAGGGUAGCUUAGGGAGCUUAUAUUGCCACUUGUGCUCCUGAAUUCCCAAAGCCUCUACCUGGAGAGAAUGAAACUCUUGUUUUCAGGGUGGACUGUAAAUAAAGAAACAGCUUAAUUCUGGCUUCAGCUUUCACCCGGAAUUGUUGCCUCUAAUAAGGAGAGGGCCCUGGAAGUGCAGAAAUAGAGGUCCUCUUCCAGGACUGCUUUUCCUCCUUUCCAUCUCCAUUAUCUUGCCCAAGCUCAGAAUUCUAAAGACUUCUAUAAAUGUGUUGGGAUUGCAGAAGAGCCUUUUUCUAGACCAUGUUGUCUCCAUCACAAAGAGCAUCAUGGAUUCUUGUGUGGCUCCUGGACUGGGAAGUCCUACAGGGAUCCAGAUGGAGCCGUCUCUUUAUCCUGAGGAAGGCUUGCUCUUCGGACACCAGGAUAGGCUAAGGUGUGAGGUAUCGUCCUCAGGGCUUGUUUUUCCAUCUGCUGUGGGGUUCCAUCUUGAAUUUCAGUCGUUGAGCAAUGGAACUGAGCAAUGGAAGCUGAGGGCUGGCCUUUCCAGUCCUGUUCAGACUCAGUGUGCUGACUGUAGGAUCAGGAAGCAGUGUGACCCCUUUUUAAUGUGCAGGUUUGUGCUUUCAGCUGUUCCUCUUGUAGCCUGACUCUUUUCUCCAUCUAUUUUAUAUGGUAGGGUGGGAGCAGAAUUGUCACCCAGGACACAGGCUCAGCUCUAGUCAGUUUAUCAGCUCCCUAGCAGAAAAUGCAUGGAGAUCUUACUGGAUCUUCCUGGGGGAAAGGCUGGGAACCUCUGUCUCAGACUUUUCCUCAGAAGAGAGGUUCUGGGUACAAGCCACGCUAGGCAUCUUCACCCUUUAAGGGUGAGGCUGGUAUUAUAAGUGAUCAUUUUAAUGUUGAAUUUAAACCACUACUCUGUUUAAGCUAAUUUUUUUUUUUUUUUUUUUAGCUGGCAACUGGAAUUUUGAAACAAUAUUGCUGGAGUUCCCAUUGUGGUACAGUGGAAAUGAAUCCGACUAGUAUCCAAGUGGGGUCAAUCCCUGGCCUCGCUCAGUGGGUUAAGGAUCCAGUGUUGUCGUGAGUGGUAGUGUAGGUUGCAGACGAGGCUUGGAUCCCACGUUGCUGUGGCUAUGGCAUAGGCCAGCAGCUGCAGCUCCGAUUUGACCCCUGGCCUGGGAACUUCUAUAUGCCGUAGGUGAGGCCCUUAAAAAAAAAAAGAGAAUAUUGCCAGUUGCCAAUUCUGGCUGGUCCAAGUGUCAACUUUGUUAGUGAUUGAUUUCUGACUUUUGUGAUUACUGGACUCUAAAACUCCAAAAUGAAAAUCAUUUUUAUCUCUUGCUCUUCAAGGGGGAGGAAAAAAAGAAAUACGUUUUCAGUUUCUCCAGCCCUUUGAACUGUAGCAGAACACUUGAUGGAUACAGCCUAGGCACCUGCAGCUCUGGGUCUUUGGACAAGUUUUCCACCACAGCAUUUGAUUUUGGGGAUCCUAUAAGGUCAGACCCAAAAAGAUGGUAAGAAAAAGGCUCGACUUUUGCAACACCUUUAGUUUCCCAAAUCAAAACAGCCAGGAUCUCUUUAAUUACAGUUACAGUACUAAAUGUCUUUAGUGAAAUAAUCAGCAUUUUUCAAAUUGUGUAUUGCCGUAAUGUCAAAGUUCUGUCUUGAUUUUGGAGAGGCUGGGAAGUAAGGUCAGUCAAACACUCUGACCUCAGAGUGGAAUUUAGUACAUGUCAAGAGAGGGAAGUUGUGUGAAGAGGCAGCCAAAGCAAACAGCUUGACUGCGUCUUGGAUCUUCUUGCAUUAGUGCUGCUGCAGAGCCCAUUUACACACAUCAAGAGCCGAGGAAUCUGCACUGCUGGGAUUGGAGGGGACAGGUGUUCUUGGAUAAGGGUCCCGGCGUCACAAGUUAAUAACGUUGCUUGGUUUAGGAUAUGCUGAGUUCUGAGAUUAGGCAGAGACCUGACAGAUCUGAGCAGGAUUUGGAGACAUGCACCUUUUGGGAAAGGCUCUAUCCCCAGCCACCCUCCCCUGGUCUAAUCGCAGCCCUCAGUAGUUUGGGAAGCGGGUAAAGAGAACAGGGUUGACAAGGAUCUGGUGAACCUUGGGAACCUUGAUCUCCUCCUGCCUCUGCCUCCAGCACCCCCAUGUGAAUCAUUUCCCCUCUCAUUGCACACAGAGAUCAUUAAUUCUGGCACGUGGGUAGUCAGUAGCAGAGUACUUUCUGUAGCCACUGCUCUACUGCUUUGUGAAUUUCACCCACAGACGUGGUUAGUCACAAUCUUGAAGGCUUUUUCUUUUCUUUUUUUUUUUUUUUUUUGCCUUUGUUUUUAAUCUUCUGUCUUUAUUUCUUCCAUCUUGAAGGUGCACUUAGUGACAAAGGACAGGGGACAGGAGGCUGACCAAGGAAACACUCAAGUUUUCUGCUUGCUGUUUGGCCUCUGCCCUCACUGCCCAACCCCCUACUGUUGUCCCCAGUCUGGAUUUGCAGGGAGAGGAGGGUCAUACAAUAGGUCAGUGAUCUCAAUAGCGUGUUAGCCAAGAGAUUCACCACCCUACCCUUGGGGGACAGAAGAGAAAUCUACAAAGGGACAGACAUGCCAUCUUUAUUCUAAAAGAAAAAGCUCCCUUUAGAAUUUCUAUUGUGGUGCAGUGGUAACGAACCCCACUAGUAUUCAUGAGGACUGGGGUUCAAUCCCUGGUCUCGCUUAGUGGGUUAAGGAUUCUGCACUGCCGUGAGCUAUGGUGUAGGUCGCAGAUGCAACUUGGAUCUGGCAUUGCUGUGGCUCUGGUGUAGGCCAGUUCGACCCCUAGCCUGGGAACCUCCAUGUGCCGCACAUGCAGCCUUAAAAAAAAAAAAAAAAAAAAGCCCCUUUAGAUUUCGUUAUUGGAGUCUCAUUUGUGGAGCCCGCUGAGCUUUUUCUGCCAAUCUUACCUUCUCACUGACUUCCUUUCAUUUUAAUAUUAUAAAUAAUGAAGUAACAUACUAGACUAUGUACUAUGUUCACUCCAUAACUCAACGCUAAGUGAUAAUCCUGUCCUAUUGAUUAUGAACCUUGAGAAAUGUUUAAUGCUUAAUGGGUGGUUUGGGAAGCAGGGACUUUUUUUUUCAGCAACUUUAUUGAGGCACAUCUUACAUAUAAAAUUCACCCAUUUCAAGUGUACAGUUCAGUGAUUUUAGUAACUUUCCUGAGUGGUGCAACCAUGCAGUUCUCAGUUUUAGGACACUUUCAUUCCCUCCAAUAAGAUCUUUCAUGCAUCUUUACAUAAUACCUGUUCCUAGCUCUAGGCAACGACUAAUUUGUAUCUAUGUCUGCCUUUUCUGGACAUCAUCUUAAUGGAAUCAUACAAAAUGUGGUCUCUUGUAUCUGGCUUUUUUCACUUGGCAUAUUUUCAAGGUUCAUCCAUGAUGUCUAACUUGUGUUAGUAGCUUUCUCCUUUUUUAUUGUGAAUAAUGUUCCAUCAAUACACCACAUUUGUCAGCAGGGAGUUUUUUAAACUUGGAUUUCAAGCUCUUGUGUUCUAAAUGAAACCCUCAGAACAUAGGACUCAUGGGGAAGCUGCUGUGCGUUUCAGAAGAACUGCUCAUCAGAACCUCCAGAAUCGCUGCAGAAAUUUUUAUAAUUUUGCAACUUCUUUUUUAUAUGAAACUUUUGUGCUGUCUACCUGUCAGGGCUUCUGAAGCCUCUGAUAAUUUAAAAAGUUAAUGAGCAUGUGUUUGAGCAGAGAAGAAAGUGAAACCAUCAGUACUGUGUUGGACACUUUUUCCUCCCUGAUUAUGGAGGAAUCUCUGAACGCUCUUCUCUGUCAUCUCCAUGACAAAGCUGAACAUGUAUUAAAGGUGAUGCUGCCUUUGUCAGACCGAUUUGGAAGAAAAGAGGCCAGCCAGCAGAGGUCAAGAGGAGAGAGGGAGUGGACUUUGUGGUCAUCCCAGUGGGUCUGUGCACGGCUGACACAUCUGCUGGUGUGGCUGAUGGUGAGGUGUGGAUGGUGCCAGGCAGCUUUAGCACCUCCAACAGGCCCAGGUCUGGACUUCGGCCCUUCAUCCCUAUUUUUCAAGUGUUUAAAGCUGUUUUCGUUUCUUCUUUUUCCUAAAUACACAUUACAUGGUAGUUAUUAAUACUUCUUUGGGGGAUGGGGCAGGGCUUUCAAAUUAAAUAAUUUUCAUAAAAAUAUCAAAAAUGGAAACAAGGUUACUUUUUUAAAAAUUUGCUAUACAAACCAAAUGGCAGCUGUUGAAAAUCUCAUUAAAAUGAGAAUAAAAUGCACUUGCCAGCAGUGGUAUCUUUUCCUAUGGUUGGGUCAUUGUUUCAUGUUACAAGUGGGUGAAUAUGUGGUGGAUAUUUGAGAGAUUGUUUUGGUCUCUGUAUGGAUUAGUUUUAGUUGCAUAGUUUCCCAUUCUAAACAGUGUUGCAAAGUAGUAAAAGCAUUGUCUUGAAAGUCACAGAUCUGAGUGAAUCCCACCUCCACCAUUUCUUUUGUGCCUUUGUCCUGAACCUGUUUAUUUGUAAAAGGGUGACACCUUCCUCCUGGGGCUAUUAAGAAAAGGAGACCAAAUUUAACUUCAAAAUACUGCCUGGCAUAUAAUAAGCACUUAAUUCAUGGUGGUAAUAGUGGCAAUAAUGUGUGUAUCCUUGGGCUUGAAGGGAGACUGGAUAGCUGUUAUUUCCUGUUCCUGGGCAAAACCGCCUCCUAUCAUGAACAUAAGGAAAGGGAUUCUGUAUCUGCCUUUCAACUACUGAACAAGCUGGCAAGCCUGCUAGGUACCAAGCACUGUCGUGGGUACCAGAACUGCUGGGGUUAGCAAGCAGGCAUCAUCUUUGGUCUUGUGGAGGUCAGUUUGGUAACUCCUGCUUAUUCAGUUUACACCUAGUUUGAACCUACCAACGAUUCUCUGAGGGACUUUAUUACAUGGUUAAAAAAAAAAAAAAAAAAAAAAAAA